AUGGAUUCUACAGAUGGUAAAAACAUAGGAUUUGUUAAAAGACAGGAAUUGAUUAGUGAAAGUAAGGAAAUAGAAAUGAUUGGUCAUCUUCACGGUGACAUUUUUAACCAAGAUAAAUUUUUAAUUAAUGGUGUUGAAAUGAGUGUUAAAUUGGUUCGAUCAAGAGAGAGUUUUAAUUUAAUUGUUGGGUCAAACGAUGUAAAGUUUAAAGUUUGCAUUACGGACGCAACUCUUAUUGUUCGACGAGCACGAAUUAAUCCAAGUGUAUUACUCGCACAUCAAAAAGUUUUAGCUUCUACCACUGCUAAAUAUCCUAUUACUCGAGCUGAAGUAAAAGUUUUAACAAUUCCUUCGGGUGUUCAAGGAAAAACUCUUGAUAAUAUAUUUUUAGGACAGGUACCGAAAAGAUGUAUAAUUGGAUUUGUGAACAAUUCUGCAUUUAAUGGUUCCCUUACUAAAAAUCCAUUUAACUUUGAAAACUAUGGUAUUAAUUCUUUCAGCUUAUAUAUUGAUGGUCAACAAAUACCUUCAAAAGCUUUGCAACCAUCUUUUAAUAAUAGCAUAUUUACAUCUGCAUAUCAUACUCUAUUCUCGGGAACUGGUAUUCACUUUCUUAAUGAAGGAAAUGGAAUCUCUUGUGAACAGUAUGGCAAAGGUUACUGUCUAUUAGCAUUUGACUUAACUCCUGAUUUAUCAGCUAACUCAUCAACUCAUUGGAAUCUCAUAAAGCAUGGUAGUGUAAGAAUAGAAGUACGAUUUGAAUCCUCAUUAAUACAAACAAUUAACUGUAUAGUUUAUGCUGAGUUUGAUAAUAUUAUUGAGAUAGAUAAAAACAGAAAUGUUACUGGCUGCGAACUCGAAAGUUCGAGGGUUCGAAUCUGCCAUUCGACUACUGUCAUGAACCACUUCUAA